UCCUCUGGUUACUCUCUCUGGGACUAACUCUUGAUAGAGUUAUUGUCAGUCUGGAGAUUCACAGGCCAAAAACAGCGGACAUUGUCGAGAAAACCUUCAGAAACAUCGCCGGAGUCAUGAAUGCAUUCGCGUGAAGGCACGCGCGACACAUUAAGCAACCGACAUGUUCGCACGCGGAUCAAAAAAGCGACGCUCCAAUCGCUCGUUAGAGGAUGAAGAUCCAGACAGAGGUCAGCCCUGUAUGCGCUGUGGAGAACAAUGUCCUGGUUUCCGUAUGCAUGGAUGGAGGAAGAUCUGUGUGCAUUGUAAGUGUGUUCGGGAAGAGCAUGUUGUGCGCUCGGUGCCUGGUCAGCUCGAAAAGAUGAUGAUGAAGCUGGUGUCGGACUUCCAAAGGCACUCGAUAUCCGACGACGACUCGGGAUGUGCUUCAGAGGAAUAUGCCUGGGUGCCGCCUGGACUCAAACCUGAACAGGUUUAUCAAUAUUACAGCUGUAUUCCAGAAGAAAAGGUGCCGUAUGUAAACAGUGUUGGAGAACGACAUCGCAUUAAACAACUCUUACACCAGCUUCCAGCCCAUGACAGUGAGCCUCAGUACUGUAAUUCUUUGGAUGAAGAAGAGAAGAAAGAACUGCGGUUAUUCAGCCAGCAGAGGAAAAGAGAAAAUCUUGGUCGUGGCAUCGUUCGACUUUUUCCGGUCACCAUGACUGGAGCCAUCUGCCAACAGUGUGGAAGACAGAUCUGUGGUGGGGACAUUGCGGUGUUUGCGUCACGGGCAGGUCACGGCACCUGCUGGCACCCUCAAUGCUUCCAAUGUGCCUCCUGUAAUGAGUUGCUGGUAGAUCUCAUUUACUUCUAUCAGGAAGGUCACAUCUAUUGCGGCCGGCACCAUGCUGAGCACAUCAAACCCCGCUGUCAGGCCUGUGAUGAGAUCAUUUUUGCGGAUGAGUGCACAGAGGCCGAGGGCCGACACUGGCACAUGAAGCACUUCUGCUGUUUCGAGUGUGAAGCAGCACUGGGCGGUCAGCGUUACAUCAUGAGAGAGAGUCGUCCUUACUGCUGCUGCUGUUAUGAGUCCCUGUAUGCAGAGUACUGUGACACCUGUGGGGAACAUAUCAGUAUAGAUCAAGGACAGAUGGCAUAUGAGGGUCAGCACUGGCACGCCUCUGAAGAAUGUUUCUGCUGUGCCACCUGUCGACUCCCUCUGUUGGGCAGACCCUUCCUGCCCCGCAGCGGACUCAUUUUCUGUUCUCGCUCCUGCUCGCUGGGAGACGAUCCGGAUAACUCGGACUCUUGUGAUUCGGCCCUGCAGAGCAAAUCUGUGUCACAUAAACUCACUCAAAAGAAGCAGCGUAGUUCUGGACUGCGGCCACCGGGGGGCAGCAGUCCCACAGCCAUCAGCUCUAAAGACAGUAAGAGGAAGAACACCACAGCAACAGUCAAUGGGGGCAGUCAUUUUACACUGGAGAGCAAAGGUGUCUGCACUACAUUCCCUGCCAUACCAAAUGGUGACCCACUACAAUAUGAACAAAAACACAUGCAGAAUUCUCACCUGCCCUCUCCAGCAGCCAAUGACAGGUCAGAGUUAUCCUGCAAGGACCAAUCAGAGAGUCCAUACAGCGCUCUGGAGUUAACAGUGGAACUGAACGGCUAUGCUGAAUUUGGUCCUUUCCCAACAAGCUGCACGUCCAGAGGAACUUCAACGGCAAAGGAAUAUGGGAAUGCUGAAAGUUUUAUAGAAAUGUCCCCUCAACCUCGGCCAUCAAUUGCAUCAGAUGAUUUAGCCGACUCCGACUCUUUUCCGCCACCUCCGCCUCCUGUCUUUUUCGACCCAUCUGAUUCUUCAGAUUGCCCACCCACUGUCACUGAACCUGAAACCCCUCCUGUCACACCUGUGCGCAGCAGCACAACCAGGGUCAGCUUUAGAGAGCCAAUCAGCUGCAGUUAUUCAGUGGAAGAGGAGGAUUGGGAUGAAGAGGAAACUGUUGAGGUCAACAGAAGACAAGAAGAAGAUGCGGAGCAGGAGGAGGAUGUAGAAGAAACGCUGGGAAGUUUGGGACACAGGUUGCGGUUCUGCACCGGAGUACCAUCACAGAUGGACGUGCUGGAUGGGGCGUACCAUCGCAGCUUCCGACGGGGGCACGGCGGUCACCUCGCCAUCGAAAAGCAUUUACGACGUUCCCGGGGCUCACAGAGCGACAGACCUCGUCUGGACAUCCUAGAAUCCGGAGACCGGAGACACCGGUCCAACAGCGUCCUGGACGGAAGAAAACACGGCAGUCUUACCCUGCACUCCACCCGAUACAGACACGAAGAGUCGUGCUCGACCUGUUCCUCAUCCUCGGAUUCAGAGGAGGAAGGCUUUUUUCUGGGCGAACGUAUUCCUCUGCCACCGCAGCUGACGGGAGGAGUGCGAGUGAGCGAUGGACAAAAAGAGGAAGUGCAGAAGAGCAGAACAGGAAGCUUUAGGAGGGGACGAACACAGAGUCUCAGUACGAAAGAAAAGGACAACUGCAUACUGUCCUGAGACGGACAUAAGCCUUAUUAAAAACUCUUUUAAGAAACUUACUGUAUAACACGUGUAUAAAACUGUAUAAAAAAGCUGCUUAGUCAUUAAAGAUCACAUUUUGUAUGGUAAAAACAGAGAUUAUCUUACAGUUUGUGCAUUUUCAUACCAGUAUUUUUAUAAAGGUGAUUAUAUGCACACCGUAGUUUCUAAAGGGUGCUUCCUCAGAUGUACUUUUUUAUAACCGUUAGAGCCGAGGAACAUUUCUAAUACUAGUUUAGUUUUGUUUUACAGCUCAUUUACUGUAUACGUAAAACAUUCAUUUACUGUAUUUUUCCUAAGACGUAAUGUAUUAUCUACAUUUAUGCAUUUGGCAGAUCCUUUAUCCAAAGCGACUUAUAGUGCAUUACAAGGUAUACAUUUUUUUACAAACGUGUGUUCCUUGGAUUCGAACCCAUGGCUUUUUGCACUGCUCUACCACUUGAUUACAUCUAAAAAUGUCUAAUGUCAGUUCCAUUAAAUAAUGAUUUAAAGCUCCAGCCAAAUAUCAAAAUGACCCCAUGAUUUACUCAUCCUCAAGCAAUCCGAGAUACACAUGCCCAUCAUCUUUCAGACAAGCACAUUAAGAGUUAUUUUAAUAAAUGGCCUUAUAAUUACAUACUAAAUUAACAUGAAUAAAUACUUUCAAGCUUUAUAAUGGGAGAAAACAGAAAUCAGGGAACAACUUUUGACUUUAAACCCCAAUAAAGUGCAUUCAUCCUUCACAGAGGUAAUCCACACGGCUUCAAGGGGUUAAUAAAGGUCUUUUUUUUGGGGUUACCAAUGCGAUUUUGUAAGAAAAAUGUCCAUGUUUUAAACUUUAUAAAUUAUAAUAACUCGCUUCUGGUAGUUGCUGUGCAUCGUUCCCAUGACAACCAACGCACACAACGCUUCCGGAAGUGACAACCGCAUUUAAAUGCGGUAUUGAAUCUCCUAAAUGUUCGUUUCAUGUCUGUGUAUGGAACAAGACUCACUCCAGAAAAUGUGAUGAUGGACACAGAAAUAACCAUAGCAACGUUCUGACGUCUCGCAUGCUUAUCACUCACAGCUUUGACCAAAAUAAUUUAACAGCAUUGUGUUUUGCAAUAAACCUCCGUCUUGGCGUUGUGUAUUGUACGCUUUUGUGAGGCUGCUUCACAGCGCGCGGUCUUGCAGUGUUGCCAGGUCCUCGUCUUUUUUCUAUGUAUAUACCGUUUAGGCGCUUAACCGUUUAUGGCUUUUGGCUCAUGAAGCGAUCAAGUUUUUGGUGUUAAUAAAGUGUGAAUGUUCCAGUCCCAAUAUUUUUUUCUUUGAGGCAAAGCAUUUAGAUUUAUUUCGGUUUAUUAUUGGAUUUUUCUUGUUCGCUGUUUUUUUAGUGCAAAAUCUGGCAACACUAGUCUGCAAACGCUUGUGCCGCUGUCAUUUUCUGAACCGCACACACAGAAUACUUUUUCCCCUUCUAGGAAUUUAUUUAUUCAAAAGAGAUACCUGUCAUGUCGAUGAUGCACGUUUAAACACUUGAUCAACUACUUGUUCAGUUUGGUUAUGUACACACUGUGCAGAGUUUCUGUAAAUGCGGUUGUCACUAUCUGCAUUUUGCGGGAAUUAAGUCGGUUGUAGAAUGCGAUUGCCAGUCCCGUAAAUUACUGAAGUGUGUGUGUACAGAACAGGAUUAAGCAUUAAAAGGUGAAGUGACAACCGAAUUAAUGCAGUGUGUAUGGGAACUAUAUAGUUUAGAACGUUUAGAAUAUGUAUAUUUUUUAAGGGUGUGACGAUGAAUCGUGCAAAUAGCGUUUUCUGAAUGAAUGAAUUUUAACGAAUUACAGUGAAAUGCCGCCACAUCCAAAAGCCAGGGGGCGCUCUCGUGCAUAAACUCCAUUUGUGCCAGUCAGAGAACAACCACAAACGCCAUUCCAGGAAAUGCCUAUCGCUGUUCUUCAGAUUGUUUCAGGUAUUUUCAUGUUAAUAAAGAAUAUUUUAAAUGUUUGUGUUUAACAAAUGUUGCUUUUUUAAAUGUAUAUUGUAAACGACUCAAACUCAUAGUGAUUUAAGAUUGAUAAGGACUUCCUACUGAUUAAAAGACCCGUAGUACAUGCACGAGCUGUGCAUGAUACAGAAUCGGAGUCUUGCGAUCCAGAAUCGAUUUCAUACAGGUCUUUUUAUUGCGAACCGCUAUGCAUCGUCACAUCCCUAAUAUUUUUCUUUAAAAAUCGCAUUAAUUACCUGCAAUUGACCUUUAUUAACCCCUUCACUGCAAAAAAAUGACUUUUUUACUUGGUAUUUUUGUCUUGUUUUAAGUAGAAAUAUAUAAAAGUUCUUAAAUCAAGAUGUAUUUCUUCAUAAAGAAAACAAUAUAAAAAAUGUAAGUGAAUUUGUGCUAAUUUUUUUUAAUUAAGCGUUUAAAUAAAGUUUUUUUUGUUACCCCACUGGCAGAUUUUUUUUUGCAUGUUUUAAGCACAAAUUCACUUAAGUUGUAUGUUUUUGUCAUUUUCUGCAGUGCAAAUACCAAUACUGCACCACUAUGCUAUGUCAUCCAGGUAUUCUAUGUAUGCAAAAUGUCUAGUAUACUAGAUUAUGGUAGUAUGCUAUCCCAUGGUGCUUUCUAUAGUAUGUGAAAGCUUAUUCUUUAUUUCAAGAGUCUUUAAAUUCAUCAUUUUACAUUUACAGGCAUUACUAUUGCCAUGGUUUCACCGCCCGUAAAGUCCCAGAUCUACUGAAGCCAUAGUAUAGGUGAUGUAAAAUUUAUUACUACCGUAUGUAAAACCAGCUACCUCAACUAGUGAGCAGUUGUGUCUUGCUUGACUAGUUUUGAAAGGGCUGUGUAAUUUGCACUCGCUAAAUGUUUAACAAGCUGAAACUUAUUGAAAUGCAAACACAAUGUUACUUUGUUACCGUAUUAACAUAUGCAGUGUCACAAGUAACCCAAGUUAACCAGCAGACUGGUUUUUGCAGGAUUCCUACACUCUUUGAAAAGGUACAAAACUGUCACUAGGGUGGUAACCCUUUAAAAAGUACAUGUUAAGAGUGCAUAUUAGUACAUUUUUAAAGGGUGCAGCCCUAGUAACAACUUUUGCACCUUUUAUCUCUAUGAGUGUAUAUCAUACAGUAUAAUGAAAGCCAACAAACCUAAGACCCUGCAAUAAAACAAAUGAAUGUCAUUUUUAUCUUCACACGAUGUGUAAAUAUUUACAUUUAAAGCCAGUCAAUGUGUAGUCAAUGAGAGAUUACAUAAAACAUAUGAGAUUCUCUCUUUUUUUUUGUAUUUUCAAAAGAUUGUAAAUGAAAUUAUACUUUGAUGAACAACAAGGUGAUUGUGUUCAUAUCUGUAUGAAGAUGGUGUCUGCCUGGUAUGCAAUAUCAUUUUAGCAUCCUUCUAUUUUUCCACAGGGAACACUUGAACCUUAAUAUUAUGUCGUAUAUAUGUGUAAAUAAAUAUAUUUUGUAUUGAAAAAUAAAGCAUUACUGCAAAAGCAAAGUGAUGUUUACAUUAGAAAAUGAGAAAAAAUUGCACUUGUUUGUUUCAUGACCUUUGGACUUUAUUUCAUAAACCACACUGUAAACAAAUGUAUAGUAAAAAAAAAAUAUUUUGGCAAACAUCAUGCAUUUUCUUAUCAAACUGUUUUGACUGGUGUGAAACCAAGUUAUUAAAAUAAUCUCUUUGAUUUGACUGAAAAAUCUUUUAAUCUGAAGUUACAUGUUUAAGGCCCGGUUUAAUUAUAAAUGAU